AUGGUUCAAGACCAUCCUGCUCGGAUACUAGCUGAUACCGGUGCUGGUUUGUCCAUAGUCUCAGAUUCUUUCAUUAGUAAGUACCAAAUACCCACAAAACCCAUAAAAACAAGAUCGAUCCAUGGUGUCACCGGGCACCAACUCUCCAUCAAUAGUUCUGCGAGCAUGCAGGUAUCUAUUGGUACACACAAUCUGGGUGUGGUCGAAGCUUCAGUGGCCGACACUGCAGACUAUGACCUCAUCCUGGGGUUCACUGAGCUACGGAGGCUCAAACCCACCAUACAAUGGGAUACGGGCCAGCUGGAGUUCAAGACUCAGGAGCAGGACCGACCCCCUAGGAGACCCCCUGAAGCAGCAAGAGCAGGGGACCUAACCAUGAGGAGACCAACCCUCCAUGGUAACGAGUUUGUCUCAGCAGAGCGCAUACUACGAGCAGCUCUGGAAGAUGGACCCAUAGGGUUCAUGCUGUUAGAGGAGCCACCAUCAUCACUUCCGGCCUUUGGUUUUGUACCUACAGGCGCAGACAAAGGAGUCGAGAUGGAGGUGGAGGUAGAUAAGGUGGUGACGGCUGCAGACAUACCAAAGCCAUACCAACACCUGCGAGAUGUGUUCGAUGAGGUGGAAGCAGACAAGCUGCCCCAUCAUACCGAGCAUGAUCUCCACCUCGAGUUGAUAGAAGGAGGUAAGCCACCUCAAGGGCCCCUAUACCUUAAGGGACCCAAGGAGAUGUCCGAGCUGAGGAGGUACUUGGAUGAGAACCUCGAGAAGGGGUUCAUAAGACCAUCGAAGAGCCCGGCACGAUCACCGGUGCUCUUCGUACCAAAGAAGGAUGGAGGUCUCAGACUCUGUGUGGACUACAGAGGUCUCAACGAGAUCACUGUCAAGAACAGGGCACCAUUGCCCCUCAUCGAGGAGCAGCUGUUCUUACUCAGGAAGGCAAGGAUCUAUACCAAGCUAGACCUUAGAGCAGCAUACAACCUCAUCCGGAUUGCUAAAGGAGAUGAAUGGAAGACAGCUUUUGGCACUCAGUUGGGACUCUAUGAGUACCUAGUGAUGCCCUUUGGCCUAGCCAAUGCUCCGGCUCACUUCCAGUCAUUCAUCAAUGACAUCUUCCGAGACAUCAUUGGGAUAUAUGUGGUAGUAUACCUAGAUGACUUCCUGAUCUUCAGUGACACUGAAGAAGCACAUGUGAAGCAUGUCACUGAGGUCCUCACUCGCUUAAGGAGCAACAGGCUCUUUGCUAAGCUGUCAAAGUGUGAGUUCCACACCAAGACAGUUGAGUUCCUGGGGUACAUCAUCAAGCCAACGGGCAUAGAGAUGGACCCAGAAAAGGUGCGCACUGUCAAGGAGUGGCCAAUGCCGGAGUCAAUCCAUGACAUCCAGAGGUUCCUGGGUUUUGCCAACUUCUAUCGAAGGUUCAUAGCCCACUUUGCUCGCAUAGCCAAGCCCUUGACAGCACUGGUAAAGCCUAUAGAACGGUUCAAGAAGUUCGAGCUACCAGAGGAGGCCCAACAGGCCUUCCACAAGCUCAUCCAGGCCUUCACAUCAGCAGGAGUGCUUCAGCACUUCGACUACCACCUUCCAACAAGGUUGGAGACUGAUGCAAGUGACUUUGCUAUAGCAGGAGUGCUCAAGCAGGAGCAUGAAGGACGAUGGCAUCCAGUGGCCUUCUACUCUAGGAAGAUGUCUUCUGCCGAGAAGAACUAUGAGAUCCAUGAUAAGGAGCUCCUAGCUGUGGUCGCCUGCCUCACUCAGUGGCGACACAUGCUAGCUGGACUACCGAACCAACUGGUCAUCCUCACUGACCAUGAAGCCCUCAAGUACUUCAAGUCACAGAGACGCAUCACAGGUCGACAGGCUCGAUGGGCCAUACUACUAGCAGACUUCGACUUCAUAUUGCAGUAUCGACCAGGAGACAAAGGUGGUGAACCCGAUGCUCUCACCAGAAGGACAGACAUGCAACCAGCUGGUGAAGAGCAGGAUCACAAUGUGAGGCAACUACUGCCUCCUCGAGUGUUCAAGGAGACAGCAGACCAUGACUCGCUCCUAGUGGCCCCCAUGAUCUCGAUGGAGUCCAUAGCAUCAAAAGGUCUCAAAGACCUGGUCAAGAUCUUCCAGCCUUUAGACCAAGAGCUACAGGAGAUACAUAGGAAGAAGCCUUUCGAACUCAAGGAUGACCUAUGGUACAGUGGAGGAAGGUUGGUUAUCCCCAAGGUGAUCAUGCCAGGGAGGACCAACAACCGACACUCAAGGAGUGCCAAAGAGGUAGAUGGACAGUCUCUCUCUGUAGAGCAUCUGCGAUUCAUGGUGAUGACCCAAUGUCAUGAUGGUAUCACUGCUGGACACGUAGGAAGAGAUGCUACCAUCAAGGCAGCUCAACGACAUUACUGGUGGCCAAACAUGACAGCUUGGAUUGCAGACUAUGUAGCAAGUUGUCCUGUAUGUGCUAGGUACAAAGCUCCUCGUCAUCGUCCAUAUGGUUUGCUACAGCCACUAGCAACCCCAGACAGACCCUGGGGCUCCAUAUCCCUCGACUUCAUUGAAGGACUACCACCAUCAAAGAAGUAUGACUCCAAGACCUAUGACUCUAUCCUAGUCAUCGUCGACAGGUUAACCAAGUUUGCCAUACUAGCUCCAACCCAUAAGACAGUCACGGCCAAACAGACUGCAGUAUUGCUAUAUGGACACAUGGUUAGACUCUUUGGAUAUCCAGAUCACAUGGUCUCGGACCGAGGCAGGCAGUUCAUAUCAGGAGCAUGGAAGGCAUUUGCAGAGCAAAUGGGUGUGAAGCACUCACUUAGCACGGCUUACCAUCCUCAAACUGAUGGUCAGACAGAGAGAGUCAAUCAGGUCAUAGAGCAAUAUCUCAGGAUGUACUGCAACUAUGAGCAGAAUGACUGGGCCAACCUGCUGGACACUGCGGCCUUUGUAUACAACAACACGGUCCACAACAGCAUUGGUGUCUCACCAUUCUUUGCAUGCUAUGGAUGGAACCCCAAAGCUCAUCCUGACAUCCCUCAACGACUAGGAGUCAAUGAUCCAGGUCGCUUCGAGUACCUCAUGGAUGGAAAGGAGCGUUGCAAGUACCUCCAGGAGCAGAUCAGAGAGGCACAACGUAGAUCAGUAGACCAGUAUAACAGGAAGCACAAGGACAUUGAGUUUAAGGUGGGUGAUAUGGUCUAUAUCAACCGCCGAAACUGGAAGACACGGAGACCCACACCCAAGUUGGAUACCCGGUUUGCAGGACCCUACCCAGUUCAGGAACGGGUAGGACGCCGAGCUUACCGAAUCACAUUGCCAGCAACCCUUAGGGUGCAUGAUGUGUUCCAUGUCUCCAUGCUCGAGCCAGCAAGAACAAGUUCUCUUCCUCAACGUGCUGAACAGCCCACCAUGCCACCACUUCCAGAUGAGGACCUCGACUUCGAAGUCGAAGCACUCAUCGACAAGCGUUCACACAAUGGGACUACAGAGUACAAGGUGUUGUGGAGAGGGUACUCAGAAGAAGCUGCUUCAUGGGAACCAGUAGAGAACCUCAACUGUCCCGACCUCAUCCAGGAGUAUGAGGUGUCGGAGGGGGGACAAGUGAGUAGACAAAGUAGGGAAAGGAGGAGAGAACAGGAGGAGUAG